CUGUCUGUCUAAACAAGCCCGGUAAGUUACAAACUUUCGGCUAAAAACUCUAUCAAUCCAGUUUAUAAUGUGACAAAAACUUCGGAAUAUGUCGCCAAAUAUAGUAGUGAAAACUAAUUUCCUGCAAAAGUAUCCAUUCCUGGUCGAAACGAGAACCAAUCGAUUCAUCGGGUGCUACGGCGGUAAAUUCACAAUGCAGCUAACGUUACCGUCGUUUCCGGAAACCACUCGAUCAAGUCUUGGGGUCUUCGAUGGAUUGCAACCAGUAGAUGUGCAGGAUAUGCUUGUUUUGGGGAAUAUUAACGAACUUUUGGAUAAUGUAGUUAAAUUUCUCGAUGGACAUCAAGGGCACUGCAGAAAAGAAGCCACGAUGAAUGUGAAUUCAUUGCAGAAAAUUCUCAAACAAAUAGCUGCAAUAAAACACGAUCACUGUUGUAAAGUUUUCACAAAUUCCGACUUAUCCAAACUGAAGCUGACUGGUUUCAAAUCGAUUGAUGCCCAUUUUCUGGAAAUGGUGCGAAUUUCGGACACGGAUUUCCAAGUAACGUCACACAGCCUUCCCGAUCUUGGGUCGUCGGUCGAGCCGUUCAAAUGGCAUGCAUCCGUCGAAACGCAUGUGGCAUCGUUUGUUCAAAUUUUUGAUCAGUUGGAGGAGUUCUACAGCAACUUGCACACGCUGGACGAGCUGUGCCAUGUGGUUGAACCGGCGGACAUCGACACCCGCAGCACGUGGCGAAUAAUCAAAUUCAACCGGAAGGUUUUUCUGAAGAUCACACUGCAUCCGCUGCAGCCAACGUCAGUUGUGGUUGCAUUUCUCGGUCCCACCAUUGAGAUCGAGUAUCUUCGGGAGUUGUACAAUGGGAAAAUGGAAGACUGGGAUCCGGACAGCAACGUCUACACCAAUCUACUGAGGAUAUUUGAAAUUAUGGCCUUUCCCAUGCCAAUGGAGCAGCCCGGGGAGGAUGGUGAAGGCACGGCGUGUGGGAUUUGUAUGUCCUAUCGAGAUGAUCAGUACAAGAUCCCCAUAAUUUCCUGCGACAAUGAAAAAUGUUCGCUGAUAUUUCACAUCGGCUGUCUGAGAGAGUGGUUCAUGUCAUUGAAGGACAGUCGAACGUUCUUUGCUAUCUCAGUGGGAACUUGUCCGUACUGUAAGCAGAAAGUAUCGUCUAGUUUUGACGAACUAUUGAGUAAUUUGGAACUGACUCAAACUAAACCAGCAACGUAGAGGAAAUAGAGGCCAAUGUGCAUGUCUGCGCUCAGCAUUUCACAAACACCGGAUGAUGACAGCCUUAUUUCCGUAUUCCGUGCACGUUUUCCCCGUAUGUAGUUUAAUUUCGAUUUUACUUUUGUUCCGUCGCUGAUGGCCCGCUUGGCCACGGAUCAUGGCGAGAUGAUAGCAGUGCGUCUAUUUGCGAAUUCAGUUCGACGUGUUUUGCAGCAGCUAUCUUACUCUGUUGAAAGCAAAUUACA